AUGGGGUCUGUGAACUCCCGAGGUCACAGGGCGGAAGCCCGGGUGGUGAUGAUAGGCCUGGACUUGGCCGGCAAGACCACGCUCCUGUACAAACUGAAGGGCCACCAGCCGGUGGAGACCCUGCCCACCGUGGGUUUCAACGUGGAGCCUCUCGAAGCCCCUGGGCACGUGUCUCUGACCCUCUGGGAUGUCGGGGGGCAGAGCCAGCUCAGGGCCAGCUGGAAGGACUACCUGGAGGGCACGGACGUCCUCAUGUUCGUGCUGGACAGCACAGACAAAGCCCGCUUGCCCGAGGCAGCGGCUGAGCUCACCGAGGCCCUGGGCAACCCCCACCUGGCCAGCGUGCCCCUCCUGGUGCUGGCCAACAAGCAGGAGGCACCCCACGCCCUGCCGCUGCCUGAGAUCAGAGACAGGCUGGGCUUGCACACGUUCCAGGGGCACUGCUGGGAGCUGCAGGGCUGCAGCGCCCUCACCGGAGAGGGGCUGCCCGAGGCCCUGGAGAGCCUGAGGCGCCUCCUGAAGUCCCGCAGCCACUGUAACUCCAGGUGAGCACAGGGGGCAGGCUGUGGGGAGAGCCGGAGGCCUUGA